AUGGAACUUUGGGCCGUGAUCGUCUCAGGCUUCUUCUUGCUCAGCUGCGUGCUGUGCCAAGGAGGGAUCUAUUUGAAGUGGUUCACGGAGUGUUGCAAAGACUUCGCUUCAAAACCAUACACCCUCAUUCAAGAAGCAGAUGAAGGAGAAUCUGAUGUGGAGUCGCUAGCGCAGAGGCUGAGAUGCGAAGCACGUCUCAUGCUGGUCUUGCCAUUUCUGCCAAUCUUGGCAGCGCCAUACACCACCUGCGAAGGAGGUAUGCCCUUUUGGGCGUACCUCCUCUGCAUCCCCUUCUUGAUAAGGUCCAAGUGGGUGGAGGCGACUUUGCUGAGACGGCACGGGUGGAGCUGGAGUGCCCUGGCCAUGUCUGCUGAAUUCGUCUUGUUCGGCCCUUUGGAGCAGCUGGAUUUCUUUACGGAUGGUGCGACACCCAUCCAGGCCUUCGCCUGUGAGCCCAGUGCCACGGACACCUACGUCAAGGCCUUUGAAGCUUCCUGGGCUUCUAUGGUAUGGGUGCCGCUGGUGAUGUGGCUUCGCUUUGGGGGCCUGCUAUUGCUGGCAUUGAGCUUUGCAGUGGCGGUCCAGCAGGGCUUUAGCACGACCUUCGGUUCAGGGGACGUCGCCAGCGUGAUGUUGAGCGCGGACGUGGCGGGCAUGCUGGGCCUCGCAACGCUCUAUGAGAAGAAGUCCAUGGAGGAGCAGGCCAAUGUUGGGCUCUCUGGGAAGGCGCGAUCUCGGUGUCUGGUGUCUGGUGGAGUUGGACCUGGGCUGUUUGUGUUUGCCAACUCUUUGAAGACAGUCCCGGAAGAUCCCUGA